UAAUGCUUUAGUAUUAACCUUUCAAAGUUAAUUAAUUGUAUUUUUGAAUUCAGCCCGGAGGAGUAUCGAAGUUAUGUUUAAUUGAAACGAAGGGAGGGGAGGAGGAGAGUGAGGAAUCAGAGAUGAUGGUUGAAGAAGAAGAAGAAACCCUGGCUACUUUGGAUUCAAAGCUCUUUGAUGCCGUGGUGCUCGAUCAAAAUGAUAUGUUUGUGAAGACGUUGAAGGACAUUACGCGUCUUCAUCCAGGAUUUAAGUGGACGCUUUGCGAUGAUCCUUUUAACAUGAUAUUUGGAUUUGACGCUGCAAAUUGUUUGAAAGCCGUGCUGGAUGGAGAAACCUCUGGAUUUUUGGAAUUCAAUGGUGUCAAUGCUGCUGUUCCAUUGUAUGACAGCACUGAAGAAGAACAACUUGUUCCUAUAUUGCACAAGGCAGCUAAAUACGGAGCCUUUGAGAUCACAAACUUGUGUUUCCCGGGGAAUGAGGAUCAACUCAACCUCAGAGUCGAUAUCGAUCUUGAUGGCUUGAAAGGUGUCCAACCCCUGACUUUAGCAGUCGAAAACGUGGCCCGGUAUUAGAUUUUUCAACAGAGAAUGUGCUUUAUCAUCAAAUUCCGUCCGCCGGAUCCUUUGGAUUGCUAAUAAGCUUGGCCGUGCACUUUGAAAUAAGGGAAAACCAAAAAAAUGCACAAUAUUUAGCAUUAGUCAAGACUCGAGAGAGAUCGUCGACAUUCAUUCCU